CCAAAUGCGAUACGUCGCCAUUUGACGAGAACCAUACUUCAACUUCCGACGUUGAUGGUGAAGAGGCGCCACCAAAACCUCCCCGAGCAAACCGAAAGUCGAAUUCGAAUGCGCGAAGCAUGAUUGCCGAUUUUUAUCCCGAGACAAGCAACCAUGGCACCUGAUCCCGCUUCAGGUCGCCGGUCAGUGUCCCCUGGCAGCUCUGGCCGCGACUCGCCGAUACCCAGGCAGUGGAGGAAUCAGCUUGGUGGAGCGGAAGACAAGCUGUUGAAGGACAAGGCAUUCCGCAAAUAUGCUGCCGGCGUGGACAAGGCGCUGGCCCUUUUCGAGACGGCCCUGGAAGAGUGGGCGGACUACAUUUCAUUCUUGAAUCGCCUGCUCAGAGCGUUGCAAGCACGUCCAAGCAAUAUAUCAGCCAUACCAGCUAGAAGUCUCGUCGCCCAAAGGCUGUCGCAAUGUCUCGACCCCUCAUUACCGUCCGGCGUCCACCAGAAAGCUCUCGAAAUCUACAACUACGUCUUCUCCACCAUUGGCACCGAAGGGCUGUCCAGGGAUCUGCAAUUAUAUCUCCCAGGGCUAGCCUCUGUUUUGUCCUUUGCAUCUCUGUCGGUUAGGGCUCCUUACCUGGACAUUUUGGAGACGUAUUUCCUCAAGGUUGACCCGAGGUCACUUCGAUCAGCAAUCAAGUCAGUCAUUCUCGCAUUGCUACCGGGGCUAGAGGACGAGGCGGCAGAGGACUUUGAUCGGACGAUGAAACUCGUGGUCAGCUUCAAGAAGGCUAUCCGCCCCCCGAGCAGUGAGCUCCUCACCGAGGAUCAUGCUUCUGGCGACGACUACUUUUGGCAGUGCUUUUUCUUAGCCUGUAUCACCAGUUCGGGACGGCGACCCGGCGCAUUGGCGUAUCUCGUGCGGUACCUGCCUGCACAAGGCGGCGCGACGACAAAUGCAGCGAACAGCAAGAAUGGAUUCGCUGAUCAGCCUAGCGACAACGUAGCAUCUAUUGUCACCUCUCCAGAACCGGGACUCCUGAUCCGUUGCUUCGCAAGCGGCCUAUCAGACGAGCAAUUACUGAUUCAACGGGGAUUUCUAGACCUGCUAGUCACUCACUUGCCCCUGAGUUCAAGUGUACUUCGGGGGAAGGUGAAAUCCGAUGACCUGGAGCUCCUCAUGAAAGCAGCCAUUGGAGUUGUCAUAAGGCGUGAUAUGAGCCUUAAUCGCCGGCUGUGGGCGUGGUUCUUGGGACCGGAGCCUGCGAGCAACGAAACGGAGCAGGCUGCUGAACCGACAUCACCAGCCACAGACCACCAACAAUCCAUGGCGGCAUCCAGAACUAGCUACUUUGAACAAUAUGGCCUUCAGCCAUUGACACGAGCGCUCUUGGCCAUGGUGACGUCGGGCGGCAACAAGAACCCCGCAGAGCGAGCGCGACCCUAUCGAAUAUGCUUGUCCUUGAUGGAUCGCUGGGAGAUUGGUGGGCUGGUAGUGCCAGAGGUCUUUCUCCCAAUCAUCGAAAACGUUCGCCAAUUUCAGGGUCAGGCGUCCUCAAGUGCCGAGUUUUCAGAGGUGUUGAAGAGCGCCAGCGUGUUUUUCGAUGGCAUUGAGAGCGGUCUGAUUUACAGCGAAAUCGUGUCUCUACUAGCGCAAGCACUGAGCCCAGGCAAAGCUGGUGCCGAGGAAAGGCAAGAUAAAAUUGCCAUGGCAAACUUCAUCCUGGCGAACUUCAACGUUCGAGAGGAGGAAAUGGUCACCAUCCACGCUCCUCUAUCGUCUUUAGCUACGAUCUGUAUGCUGGAAGACUUGGACAAUUGGAGGAAGACGUCGACCACCCCUGUUCCUUGGGUUUCGGCCGUGUCCAAGAAAGCACUAGAGACUGCUAUAGUCCUGCUCGAGAUGGUCCCGCCACGUGCCUUUCCCAACGGAGGGACCAGUCCCAGCCGAAAUGCAAAGUUGGUUGGCAGCACGGCAAACGCCGAGCUUCUCAAGAAGAUCCGAGACUUCUACGUCAAUGAGCAAGGGAACAUUGAGGCCUCUUCCAUCCCCUUCCACUUGCGGCAGCUGGGCGAGCUGAUUCUGCAAAAGUCAUCCCUGUUCAUCCGGACAGGCCCCACGCUAGGAGACGCGUCCGUUCGGAUGCUCGUGUUAGCAUUGACGAAGAUGCCUGCGUCGUACGCAUUGGACGCAAAGGAGCUACUGAGCUUCCUUCAGCUGAGCCUGGAAGGACCAGAGCGUCUGGCUUUCUCCGACUUUUCAGCAGUGGUUCAACUCUCUACUGAGCUACAUGCGGCCCAUCGCAUAGCGUCGAGAGGCCUGUCGGAUCUAGCCACUGUAUUGGUGGGGCACGCUUGGAGGUUUCUUUCGACGGAGGAGCCCAAGUUCCACGUGGAGACUGUCCGAUGUCUAUGGCAGCUGCAAACGGCACUGUCCGUUGCGAACCGCGACAUUGAGGCCGCGCUUGCUACAGUCAUAGCGGAAUCCCGAGAUCCCAUGGACAUGCAUCAGUGCGUGAGCGAUGCACAUACUUUUAGCGUCCUGUGGUCCCUCACUCUUCAGGACAACCCUUCCGAUCGACGCGGUUCCAAGGCUGCCGCACACGAGAUUAGGUCGGGACCUCGUCUGGCGGGAAUGGAGCACUUUGAAGUCAUGUUGACGCGACCCCUUUUCUUGAUCUUGGAUGUGCUCUUGGACGAUACUACACAUCAGUACAUGACGGUGAAGUCGUGGCUCAGCAACAUGAUUGGGAUCGAUAGGCUCUUUCUGGUUAUGGUGCAGAAGUUCUGCGAAGUCAAAUUCUUAUCGACCCUGCGGGACGGAAUCAUUCAGCCAGGGGUACCCGACAGCCGGCCCUUUGGAGAGGAAGACGAUCUUGACCUAUGCCUCUACUACUUGCGUACCUUGAGCAACGUACUACGCAUUUGUGGAGACGUUGCAUGGGCCGUGUUAGCUUCCAAGCAUGUGUCUUUCAGUCAUCAAGGCCUUCAUAUUAGUUCUGGCGGAGAAGAGGGCGAUAUUCUGCUCCAGGACUUCAUGGUCAAAGUAUGCCUCAAGUGUGUAAUGGCUGAUGCCGUGCCCGGAGCCAGCACUAAUCUAGAGCACCGCAUCUUCCGACUGCAACAGUUUGCGCUCGGCAUGCUUCAUCAUUUCUUUCUCAGCCGGCACAUGAGCGGUUCGCCAGAACAAAACCUGGAGAAUCUCUUCCUAGAGAGACUUUCCAGAGCUAUAGAUCAAGAGGACCCCUCUGUUCAGGUCCUGCUGCUGGAUGUGGUGUAUGACGCCCUCAAGCUUCGGGAAGCGUCCAUGGGCGAAGCACCCGGGACACCGCCUUCCGAGAAGCGAACCUCCAACCUCGACCCAGGACGAACUGGUCGACCUUCCUUUACAGCAAGCGAGACACGACAUGUAUUAGUCCCGCCGCCGCCUCGGCUACUACAAUGCAUACAAUCGGCGUUGACCGCCCCCGGCAGUCGAUCAGUUCUGGAUAGCUGGAUCGUCUUCUUGAGCGAGUGUCUCCCAUUCUACGCUGACACCAUCUUUCAAGUAUUGAUACCGCUCGUUGAGACGCUGUGCACUCAGGUUGGAAAAACCUUUGAUCACUUGAGGUCCACAUUUAAGAAUGGCGCGCAGCAAGCUGUCAGCAGCACAGGGUUCCCUGAGUCGACAUUGAUACACCUACUGAACGGCCUCGAACAGGUUCUGGCAAGAUCCCACGAUCAGCUGCUAUCGGAGGAAGCACGUGCCCAGCUGAUGAGAAACCCCGACCAACAACAGUCUCUUUUUGGCAGCAUGGUCUCAGGGGUUUUCCAAUCGGAAGGGCAUCGCUCCCGAAGCGCAACAGCCAACGAUAGGUUGACCGUCCAUCUCGCCUUCCAAGAUGCCUGCCGCAUCUGCUACAAGAUCUGGUCCUGGGGUCUCGGCGAUGAGGCUGCGCAACAGGAUCCCGCAUCUGCCGCUACAUUCAACCACACUUCGCUCCGAAUGCGCAACCGCGCGCGGCGUUUACUGGAACACCUUUUGCAGGCGGAGAACCUCGAGUGCCUAGAGACAAUCAUUGAUACAUGGAGGAAAGCACCAGACUCAAAGGCCCGACUAGAGGUUUUCAACCUAUUGUCCGCAUUGGAAGCUUCGCGGCCGAGACAUACCAUCCCAGCGUUAUUCAACUCCAUCUACAGCCGGACCAACCCCACAGCCUUGGAGCCAUCGCGAAAGUCGACCAUGACUAUCUCCCUUGAAGAGACCAAUCUUGUGGUUUUCUUGGUAGAGUACACACGUUCGCUGGAUGACGACGCCAUGGAUGAAAUCUGGCAAGAUUGCAUCGUCUUCCUCAAGGAUCUCCUGAGCAAUCCAUUCCCUCACAGGCAGAAUCUGCCAAGCUUGCUCGAGUUUGCCGCGCUUCUGGGUGAGAAGGUGGACAAUACCAACUUUGGCGAGCAGAGGAAAAUGCGUCGAGAGUUGGGAGAUCUUUUCACCAGACUGCUCGCUGCUUUAUUCACAACGAAGCCAAUCACCACUGAGUCUACGAACCUCAACAGCGGCACGAUGGAAAAGGCACACAGAACUGAAGCUGGUCGGCGUACGCCGCUAGGUUCUGUCACUGGGUCCGAAGACGUGGUGGCCAUUCUCGCCUCCAUUGUACCAAACCUGCCCAAGAUCUUAGUUGAUUCAGACCGCGUACUGUCCGCCGCUGGUGCCAUAUCGAGCAAUGUCGUUGGCCCUACUAUACGCUCCAAGAAUUUCCCCGAUACAGUUGGACACAGCACAUUGAGCCUGCUCCACGAGCUCUCGAGGUUGCAGAACAACCAGAAAACCUGGAAGAAGGACGUCGGGGAGGCCUUCAACGAUGCUCGCUUCUUCAGCAUGCAUCUCGAUCUUGUGAAGGAUGGAUGGAUGCCACUGCUGCGUCAGUGGACGAUGGCAGAUAAAGACAAGAUGUCGGAGAUUGUGCAGCGCUUGACAGCACCCACUACGGCAGGCAUUGUCUUUGGCGUUGGGGCUACCUCGGCUCGACUUGAUGCAGACCGCAAGGCACAAGUGAACCUUCGCCGCAUUGCGACGUUGAUCCUUGCUUCGACCGAGGACGCCUUUGUCGCAGAUCUCCCCAUCAUCUUUGACAAACUUACUGAGCUGCUGGGGGCUACCGCUACAUCAUCACCAUCGUCAGCCACACGUGCUGACAUAUACAUGGUUGUGCGAGCUCUAGUGCUCAACACGAGCCCGGUCCAUCUGGCUGUGUUGUGGCCCGUGAUCAAUCACGAGAUUCACAGUGCCAUUUCCUCCAUCACUGCGCCGGCCAACAGCUCAAUAGCAGAUAUCUAUACCAACGCUGCUGUCCUCCAGGCCUGCAAGCUGCUGGACCUACUGAUCUGCGUGGGGCCAGACGACUUCCAACUCCACGAGUGGCUCUUUAUCACAGACACCAUUGACGCUGUCUACCGCUACUCGACAGCCCAACCCGUGGCCUUGAUUGACGAGCUCUCAGAGGAGCUGGGCAGUGGUGCCUCUCAGUAUCUGGACAAGUCCGAGGCUGCAGCACACCUCAGCGCCAGCAGCUCGCAUAGACGACCCCUGCUCGGCCCUGGGGUAAUCGACGAUAAUGCGCUGAUUGAGCGCAGGGAUGAUCUGGUGUCUAAAAUACUCCGGCCAUUCUUUGGACAACUCAGCAUCUUUGCAUUUGAGUCGACGUACGCCAUGGGGACACUGGACAGGGAGGCCUGCGUUCAGGGGUUGUUGAAGGACUUGUUUGAUGACAGAAGUAUCGCACGGGCGCCGUGACCAAAGUUAAAAUGUAGAACAAAUUCACAAAAAUUGCAUCGUCGCAAUCUUAGAGCAUCCUGGCGCAC